AUGCCACAAUGCGAAGAUGAAUAGGACUGUCAUUGUCCGCAGGAACUGUCUCCAUUUUGUAGAAAUAUCAGAGGUAUGAGAAGAGGCACCCCAGCAUUUCUCCUCACAUUUCUCCUUUCUUCCGGGUCAAGGAAGGAGACCAUGUCAUCAUUGGCCAGUGCAGGAAAUGCUUCAUUGUUUAGAUGAUAGCUGUUCCUGUGGGCUACUGGCUUGUGCGGGCGUCUCAAGCUUGAAGAAAGGAGAUCGGUUGUUUGCAAGGCAUGCAAUUUAGGCUGCUUCUUAAAGCGCAUUUGAUCCUGUUAAAAUGCCCUCAGACCCAUCUCAUAUUCCGAAGCAAUAGUGAGACUUCCAGCCAUACAGAUGAGCGCCAAAGCCAUCUCCCUCUAUUGCUGUGUACCUGCUGCAUUUCUGCUCUUCUUUGCCCAUCUCAAUAACCCAACCACUUCAUUCCUUCGAGCUCUGCUUGAUCUUGCAACACCACUCCUUCCAUUUAAUUUCCUUACAGUUCAUUAUUUUUCUAACUAUCAUCGCCAUCGUGGUUCGUAUGACCCGCUCUGUGAUGAUUUCCCGCCAGACUUCCCACCGCCUAACACCGCAGCAACAUCGAUCUUCUGUGUCGAUCCCAACGGCUGCUGCGACUUCACCACAGUGCAGUCCGCGGUUGAUGCUGUGCCAAGAUCCAGCCAAAAGAGGAACGUUGUGUGGAUCAACAAGGGCAUCUAUUUUGAGAAAGUAACAGUCCCUGCUACAAAGCCCAACAUCACAUUUCAGGGGCAGGGAUUUGAUCUGACGGCAAUCAUGUGGAACGACACCGCCAACUCAUCACAUGGAACCUUCUACAGCGCUUCGGUUUCUGUUUUCGCAGCCGGCUUUGUCGCGAAGAACAUCAGCUUCAUUAAUGUAGCACCAAUUCCAAGACCCGGAGAUGUCGGUGCUCAGGCGGUCGCUCUGAGGAUCGGCGGUGACCAGGCGGCAUUCUGGGGCUGUGGCUUCUUUGGGGCACAAGAUACACUGCACGAUGAUCGGGGCCGGCAUUACUUCAAGGAAUGUUUCAUUCAGGGCUCCAUCGACUUCAUCUUCGGAGAUGCUAGGUCACUCUAUGAGAACUGCAGAUUGAUUUCCAUAGCAGAUCCUGUGCCUGCAGGGGUGAGAUCCAUCACAGGUUCAGUUACUGCACAUGCCCGGGAAUCCAACCAAGAAAACACCGGGUAUUCAUUUGUCAACUGCAGCAUCGGUGGCACCGGGUGGAUAUGGCUCGGGCGAGCGUGGAGACCUUACUCCCGUGUUGUAUUCGCAUACACUUCGAUGUCAAAUAUCAUCGCCUCCGAUGGAUGGAAUGAUUGGAAUGAUCCUUCAAGAGAUCAGUAUGCCUCUCCUGUACUGCUAGUGUUUUCUGGAAUCAAUUCAGAAUGCACGCUAACAUCGGUUUGUUCUAUGAUUUCCAUUGCCAGGAGUGUGUUUUAUGGAGAGUACAAGUGUACAGGCGAUGGCGCACACCUGGCGGGCAGAGUGCCGUACGCUCUUGAGCUCAGCGACGUGCAAGCAUUGCCUUACUUGAACACAUCUUUUAUCGACGGUGAUCUAUGGCUGAAACCAUACUGCGACUCACUAAUAUCUGCAUGAAGUCAUAAAUUCCCAGUUUAAAGUUAUGUAGCAUUGUAUCACAGACAAGCAAAAGGAACAAGUUAGCACAAAUCCAUUUGUUGGAUUCUCUCACAUACCAUAUAGUACAUUAAAUCACCUGGGAAAAGUACAUCAUUUGGAAUUUCAGAAAUGUAUUGAUUUCGACAAAGAUUGGAUUGUCCUCUGUCACUAAUCUACAUUUACUUGA